GCACCACACACCAGUGGUCUUCACUCUGCGAGGCAAUAAACUCACGGCAAUGGCUGGUGGUUCAAAGAAACGGAGGCGAGUUAAGAAGAAAAGGGGGAAAAGGAAGCACGAGAAAGAAGGGAUUACUCCUUUGAAUGUGAAGUAUUGGCUUCAAAGAUACAAACUUUUCUCCAGAUAUGAUGAGGGUAUUAGAAUGGACGAGGAAGGAUGGUAUUCUGUUACUCCUGAAGAGAUUGCAAUUGGGCAUGCAGAUAGGUGUGGUGGGGGACUUGUCAUUGACUGCUUUUCGGGUGUGGGCGGCAAUGCCAUCCAAUUUGCUAGAUUGUGCCAAUUUGUUAUUGCUAUAGACAUUGACCCUCGAAAAGUUGUAAUGGCUUUCAAUAAUGCAAGUAUAUAUGGAGUGGAAGAUUAUAUUGAUUUUAUUAUUGGAGACUUUUUCCAACUUGCUCCUUACUUGAAGGGGGAUGUAGUAUUUGUUUCACCACCGUGGGGGGUUCCAUCAUAUAAAACAAUCCAGAGUUUCACCAUGGAUUUGCUGAAGCCAAAAGAUGGAUACUCAAUAUUUCAAGCUGCUCAGAGGAUAACGCCGAAUAUCAUUAUGUUUUUGCCUCGGAAUGUGAACCUAAAUCAAGUUGAGGAACUUUCAUGGUUGUCUUCUCCUCCUUUGAUGCUUGAGAUAGAAGAAAACUACUUGGAAGGCUAUUUCAAGGGAAUAACUGUCUACUUUGGCGCUUCUGCACACAGAAGUUCUGGGUGGGGACCAUCUGGAUGGCAGAUACCAACUAGUUUUGGAAGGAGAUAUACUGGUAUGGUGGCUGAGAUUAAAGGAUUGACUUUGUCUGAGGGAACAGAUAAAGUUUUGUAUUGUGGCAGUCAGGGGGCUCCUCAAUCAAUAAAAGCUACUACUUGUCAAUUGAUGACAUUCCAGCCAGGUUCAUAGAGUUCCUUGGUUUAGAUUGGUGUGGCAUUCUGGUGGGAUUUUGAGGCACCCGUUUAUAAUUUUAUAGAUGCUAGUGAAAGGUCUGUUAAAGACAAAGGAUAGGUACUGAAUUGCAGAGGUAUGAGUUUGAGCUUAAAUUGCUUGUUGUGUGAUUCCGUGGAGGUAUCAUACAAGUAUCUCUUUUUGAAUGCCCUUCUAAUCCAUGAUAAAUCUCUAACUUUAAA